UGGCGGCUCUUGUGAGGGCAGUUCCUGUUGGAGAAGGCAGAGGCAGCUCAUCCCCUAUAGGUCCCCUGGACACCAUGUUGGGAGCCAGGCUCCAGACCCAGCAGAAUACCAGCCUGUCGUCCUCGGGCUUUGGGAUGAAACUGGAGUCUGUCACUCCGUUCCUGGGGAAGUAUCGCCCCUUUGUGGGCCGCUGCUGCCAGACCUGUACUCCUAAGAGCUGGGAGGACCUCUUCCACAGAAGCAUUACAGAUCUCGGUUUCUGCAAUGUCAUCUUGGUGAAGGAGGAAAACACCAGGUUUCGAGGCUGGCUUGUUCGGAGGCUCUGCUAUUUCCUGUGGUCAAUGGAACAGCAAAUACCCUCCUGCCAGGAUAUCCCACAGAAGAUCCUGGAAAGCCCUGGGGUACAGAACAUCAUCUUAGGGAGGACACCCGGGGGCGCUGGGGAAGGUCAGGUGCCAAAUUUUGUGAAGAAAGAGGUACAGCGCGUCCUGGACCACAUCCAGGCCCCACCCCGCCCCUUGCUGCUCAGGCUGUUCAGCUGGCUGAUGCUUCGCCUCCUCAACUGCCUCUUCCUGAAUGUGCAGCUCCACAGGGGACACAUGAAGAUGGCGCGCAAGGCCGCGCAGCGGGGCUUGCCUCUCGUCCUCCUCUCCACCCACAAGUCGCUCCUCAAUGGGAUCUUGCUGCCCUUCGUGCUGCUGACCCAGGGCCUGGGCGUGCUUCGUGUGGCCUGGGACCCCCACACCUGCUCCCCUGCCCUCAGAGCUCUGCUGAGGAAGCUGGGAGCACUUUUCCUGCCUCCAGAAGCCAACCUUGCCCUGGACAGCUCUGCGGGAGUCCUUGCCAGGACUGUGGUCCGUACAGCCAUAGAGCAGCUGCUGCUCAGCGGGCAGCCCCUACUCAUCUUCCUGGAGGAGCCCCCUGGACCCCAGGCGCCGCGGCUGUCAGCCCUGGGUCAGGCCUGGCUGGGAGUGGUGGUGCAGGCAGUCCGGGCAGGCACCAUCCCCGAUGCUGUGCUGGUGCCAGUGGCUGUCACCUACGACCUGGUCCCAGAUGCACUGCCUGACUUGUCCCAUGCCCCCACCCCUUUGGGGCUGUGGACUGGAACGCUGGCUGUCCUGCGGAGCCUGUGCAGCUGCUGGGGUCGUAGCCACCGGGCCUGUGUCCGUGUGCACCUCGCCCAGCCCUUCUCCCUGCAGGAAUACACCAUCAAUGCCAGAAGCUGCUGGGGCAGCAGGCAGACCCUGGAGCAGCUGCUGCUGCCCAUCGUGCUGGGACGAUGGACCGCCAUCCCAGACACCGAGAAGGAGCAGGAGUGGACUCCGCUAACAGCCCCCCUGCUGGCCCUGCAGGAAGAGGACCAGCUCCUGGUGCGGAGGCUGAGCCGCCACAUCCUGAAUGCCAGUGUGGCAAGCUCGGCGGUGAUGAGCACAGCCAUCAUGGCGACGCUGCUGCUGGUCAAGCACCAGAAGGGCGUGUUCCUGUCGCAGCUCCUGGGAGACUUCUCCUGGUUGACGGAGGAGACGCUGCUGCGCGGCUUUGACGUGGGCUUCUCCGGGCAGCUCCGCUGCCUUGUGCAGCACACCCUGGGCCUGCUGUGGCCACACGUGGCACUGCUGCGCGUCCACCAGGGGGACUUGGUGGUGGUGCCACGGCCCGGCCCCAGCCUCAUGCACCUGGCACGUCUGAGUGCGGAGCUGCUGCCCGCCUUCCUGAGUGAGGCUGUGGGUGCUUGUGCUGUGCGGGGGCUGCUGGUGGGCAGAGUUCGGCCUGAGGGGCGCUGGGAGCUGCAGGAAGUGGAGCUGCUGAGCCAGAAUGAACUGUACCGCCAGAUACUGCUGCUGCUGCACCUGCUGCCACAGGACCUGCUGCUCCUGCAGCCCUGCCAGUCUUCCUACUGCUACUGCCAGGAGGUGCUGGACCGCCUUAUCCAGUGCGGGCUCCUGGUUGCUGAGGAGAUCCCAGGCUCCCGGUCGGCCUGUGACACAGGGCGGCAAUGCCUGAGUGCAAAGCUGCUGUGGAAGCCGAGUGGGGACUUCACUGACAGUGACAGUGACGACUUCCAGGAGGCUGAGGGCCGGUACUUCAGGCUCAGCCAGCAGUCACGCUGCCCCGACUUCUUUCUCUUUCUCUGCCGUCUGCUCAACCCACUGCUCAGGGCCUUUGCACAAGCAGCUGCCUUCCUCUGCCAGGGACAGCUACCUGACACAGAACUGGGCUACUCGGAGCAGGUGUUCCAGUUCUUGCAGGCCAAGGCCAAGGAGGAAGGCUGCUUCGAGUGUGUGGACCUAAAGCUUGCGGCCAGUGCUGUCUGGACCUUUAGAGACUUGGGGGUGCUGCAGCAGACGCCCAGUCCGGCAGGGCCCUUGCUCAACCUGUCUCCAACAUUUGCCAACCGGGACAACCAGGAAAAGCUGGAACAGUUCAUCCUGCAGUUCGUCUGUGGCUAGGACUGGGGGAGGAGCCCUUGUUGGGGGACCUCUCAGAGUCAGGACGCGGCCAAGCCCUAGUGUCAGCACACAGAUGGAGAAGGGCCUGGCAAAUACUCCCUGGACUAUCAGUCUGCGGUCCGACCAGCUACUUUAGUGUGAUACAUGGGGACGCGUGCUUCCCCAAGCCCA